AUGAUUCCUGGAGUGGAUGGCAAGCUCCGCUUCGGCUUCCCUCAACGAACCACGACCUUCUGCGUGUGUUCGGUCCGGACUUCACCAACGUGGGUCAUCAACCCAUGUGGCAUCAAUCUAUACCUUGUACCGAGUACAUGGUGCCAAGUGACUGUGGAAUUCAUUCCAAGGCCAACUUCUGACACAGGGACCAUCGGUCCCUACCACAUCGGCAUCGCCGGUAGUGAUGCAAGCACUGCGUUCACAUCUAACAACGCUGCGCGUGCGGAGAUGUCGGAUUCGAUUAGCAGGCUAAUCGGACGUGAGGAUGGCACUCAAGUUCUUAAGUGGCAGUACUGCCCCGAAGACACGCUUGGGGCUCCUGUUGAUGAUGAUGUUGCUAGUGCUGUUGUCAGCGCUAACCCUACACAGACGUACUUCGCACAUGUGUGGUGGGCUGACCAGACUGCUCCGACUACGUCGAACAUGGACAUCCGAAUCGCAGUUAAGUACAACGUGGAGUACUACCAGUUGAAGCAAUAG